GCUACCACGUAUCGCUGUGUAAUUGACAACUCGCCAACAAGCUUUGACCGACAUACACAUAUAUCUACUCCGGUCAACUUGAGUCAGUGCCUUUCGGAGUCAGCGGGGUAUCUCGUGUUUGUUGUCGGUGCGUUAUCCAUAUUGUUGAAUUGCGUUCAUCUGUCAUCGCGAUGUCGUCCGGCAGCUGGGAAUUGGUCAGCCGAAAGAAAGACAGGGGAAACGACAAGUCCAACAAACUCACGAAGGCAGAGAAGAAGAAAUUUAUCGAGAAUGCGCCGAAAGUCGAAGACUUCUUACCAUUGAGUCAAGUGAAGACACUCUAUGACAAUCUGGAUGGCAAUAAAGAGAAUAAGAAGCCUGCUAAAGCACAGGGAAAAGAGCACAAAACAAAGGAGAAUGAGGAGAAGAAGAAACAGCAACAGCAAAACAGCAGCAGCAAGCUAGAAGAAAAACAAGAACCAAAAGAGAAACCUCCAAAAACUAUAAAGGAUGCAUUGAAUGCAAUUAACGUGCAAGAGCUCGACGAACUUCUGACAACUGCACAAAUCAGAUUUCCUGAAGCUCCCUUGCUCUGGUUGAAAGAACUGAAUGCUUUCCUCAACAUCAAGAUACCUAUCAGCAAGGAAGACGCGAUAUUCUCAGGAAAACCAAAGGAUUAUCCAUUAAGUGUAGUACCUAAGGCGAUCUCUUCUAUACUUGAACAGGCAGUGGAAAUGACAGGGCAACAGACUAUACAAAUUUUUUACGAGAAUACUCUUGCGGCGAUGGCCACCGACAUGGUCAAGGGCGUCCCCGUUAUUGGACACAAGAUAUUUUUGCAAUUACUAGCGCAUUUAAAUCCCGAGAUGACCGCCGCCAACAUUCCCAAAUUGAUUAGCAUAAGGAACUCGUACGAGAACAGAAAGAACAUCGGCUUGUCCCUAUUGUGGGCUUGGUCACAGGCCGGCCAGAAGGACUUGGCAGUCGGUUUAAAGAUUUGGCACGAGGUAAUGUCGCCGAUGCUGGAAACGAAGGGCUACGCCAGCUACGUAGUCCAGAUACUCAACGAUCUCGUUUUCGGCCACGACAACGUUCGCGAUCUCAGUUUGGAUCUCUACCUGGAUAUCAUCAUGGACGCUUAUUCUCAAAGAUGUCAAAAUAUUCAAUCGGCGAAUCUGGCAAAAGAAAUCACUACGAGUAUCGACAAGUUACGAUCAAUAUUGUUCAGGAACUAUGAUAUAAGAUGCACAAAAUUAUUUGAGAUGUUACUGGGAAAAAUAUCGCAAAAGUCGGAUCCUAGCUACAAGCAUGAAUUAGUUAAGGCUCUCGUAGAUUGCCUCGUCCUUGAACCUCUUUGCUUUACUAUUUGGAAUUCCAUUUAUACCAAGCAUUUAUACCAAUCUAGUCUUCUUCUAUCGUAUAUUGAUGCAAAUUUAUCUAAUUUGCAAACAAAGCUUAAUGCUAAGGAUUUGAAAGAAACUCUCGGAUUAAUCCAAAAUAAUAAUGAAAAGUUGAAAAAAGCCAAAGACGAAAACUUGGCACUUGCAUGCAAAAAACAUCUCAGGUAAGCACUAUCGAAGAAAAUGACUUCUUCCACGCGUCGCAGUUUUCCAUGGAAAUCAGCCAGUUUCUUUCUGAUACUUCUCAUAAGUGCUAUCAUAGCAUACGAUACACAAAAACAUGGCUCCUUUGAGGCGUCCCAAAUUGGAAAGUGCUUGAAAACUAAUGGAAUAUUGAAAUAUAUUGAAAAAGCAUGGACUACUCUAAAGUUAUAUUGGUCUGCAGGACACAAAGCAAUUAAGGAUAGCUCACCGGAAUAUUACAAAGCUGUUGUAGACUUAAGUGCGCCAUAUAUUAAAUUGGCUGGUGAUGUCUACCUUAUAAUAAGAAAUAUUUCAGUUAGGCUAUAUAACAAUGUUGCAGCAUAUGUCGAAAAAAAUAUACCUGUAGUUUUUGACACAAUUGAACAUUACGCUCCAGGUAUCAUAGACGAAAUUAAAUCUAAAAGUCUUCAAGGAUUAGAGUUUGUGAAAGUUUCCUGUAUUUUGAUUGGAGAGAAAGUUAUUGAACAUUCCAGGGCAACGAUACAAUGGAUGGAGAAGAAUGUCUUUGUGGGUAAACUUAGCCCAGAUAAUCUCCGGAGUUACGCCAUAUGGGCUUUCGAUACGACGCAGUCGUACGCCAGUCAAACAUAUGAUUGGGUAUAUGAGAAAGUACAGACUCUCUCCAAAGUGCCAUGAAUGAACUUCAUUGCUUUCCAUUCCACAUGAACGAUUAUUGCGUUGGUAACGAAAUCUCCAUCUAUCCACGCACUUCAGCAUUUAUUAUUUAUGACAUGGAAAAACGUUAUAUGUAUGCUUUCGAAGAUCACGAAUACGUCGGCCAUUUUACCUGUGAUAUCUCGAAAAGGAGAGCAUCUUAUUUUGGUUGGUCUCGACGAAAAAAAAAUUUCGUGACCUGAUAAACAUGCAUAAUCACGGACAUUUUCUUAUUAAGAUAAAUAAUUAUAUUGCAUUUUUUUGAAAUCAUUCUUGAUAAGUAAUAUAUAUCUAUAUAUAAUAGGUCUCUGUAUGCGCAAAAUGCGAUCUUUAGUAUUUUGUAUUUUCAUUUAUAAUUUUGAGGAUAUUGAUUGAAUAUAUUAGACUAUAUUGAGUGAUUAUAAAUAAAUCAUUUUUUCAUAACAGCUUUUCUUGUAAAUGUAAUAAAAAAGGAGCAGAAACCAACAAAGGUAGAAAAAAAUGAGAUCACUUAUAUAGUAAUCAAUUAACGAAAAAUCACUUCACAGAGAGAUGUCAAAACAAUAACAGCGACAACAGUGAUAUUUGUAAGAAUAGCAGAAUAGUAUUAAUAAAUAUCGCAAAUAAUAAUAAUAAUAAUAAUAAUAAUGAGAUGAUGGUAAUAAUAGUGACAAAAUGCAAUAGAUGAGUAUAUGAUAUUAUGAUAUAAUAUACUUUUAACAAGAAUAUAUUAAAGUUUUACAUGAGAAGAGAUCUGUGGACAACAGCCAUCUCCAUAAAGCUACGUAUGUAAAAAUGAGUGUCUUCAUUUUCUUCCUUCAAUAGAGCUUUUCGGCAGCGUG